GUUGCACCUCCGGCCAUCUUGCUGCCAUUUUUUGUAAGACGGAGGUGCAGUUCGGAAGAGCUGCUGCUGGGGGUGCUGAAGUUGUCCGGGCCACUCGGUCGCUCGCGCUGUUGCUAAACAAUGGGAGACUGGAGCGUAGAGAAAGAAAAAGUUGUUUUCUCUCGCGCCAACGUGUCUUUGUCAGAGACGCAAGCGCUGGAAGAUGCCUUUAAGCUGUUUAUUCCUUCCUCCAAAGAUUUUGCAGCCAAUUCUCAAGACGAGAUAUGGGAUUUCCUCUGUAGCUUCAGGCACGAAGGCUUCGCCCCCGUGAUUCUCCGAAGUAAAGACGUUUACGGAUAUUCAUCUUGUAGAUCGGUGGUGCCCGACAAAAGUUUAUUAAGUAGAAGAGUAACUGACACCGCCCAGAGUGGCCCCAAAAAGCGUCCACAGGCAGUGCCGAGCGAUAAGAAAAAGAAGAGGAGGAGAAAAAGAGGAGGAUUUUUGGGGGUUAGAAGGAAGCGAAGAAAAACUUCCAACUCACCGGAAGAGCACGCGCCCCCGGUGAAGCGCCCGCACCCCGCUGUUCCAGCCCCGGUUUGGACGGGCUCGGCAGCCAGCCACGACCAAAAGGCACUGAACAGGGUGUGGAGGGCGGCGAGCGACAGGUCAACAGCUGUCCGACAGACUGUCCAAGUCAAAGACGUCUCCUCCAAGAGGAGCGCCGCGGCUGCUCGCAGUAAAGCCGAAAAGCUGCUCAAGCUCAACCUGUCGCCUGUUCUCAAGUUACGACGUUUGAUUUUGCUGAAGUGAGUCUUCGGAUUGUGUACUGAAUGCAAGGACGAAACAUGUUUGCGAUGCUGCUCUGAUUUUUCUACGUUUGAAGCACUUUACCUGAAGUUUACAUGAACUUGAUGGUUGGUCCCGUGUAGUGGAGCCUUUUUUCUUUUCUUGCAAUGGAGGGCUUGAGUGGCUGAACAAUAAUGAAAUACACGAGUGAACUGGGCUGCUUCAGUGUUAAAAUCUUGUGUGUAUAUUUUAUUCCCCGACCCUCCACGAAGCUUCCACUGCCGUUUAACCGAUGACCAUCUCACAGCUUGGCCCCCGUAUGUGAGGUCGCCAGUUUGCAAUUGACUUUAUGUGGUGCAGGAUAGAAGUUGACCCACCUUGUCGCCCGACUGGGGCUUCUUCACAGGUUUAUUUAUUUGUGUUUAUACGUGUUAUUUUAACUUGUCAUCUGCCAUUACAUUGUUAAAAAAAUCUAAUAUAUUGUUAAGUUAUACUUCAGACAUGUUUCGGUUUAGUUUGUAUUAAGAUUGCUCAAGUAAAUAUCAAGAAUUAAAUCUUAAUAGCUUCCAGUUUGCUUAGUAUCCGGAGUAGAUUUCUGUUCAGGAUACAACAGUAGUAAGGUUCUUGUAGUAAAAAGUUAAUUGAAACCCAUAUACCUCAUCUUUGUGUGUCUUUGUGUUAGGAUCAAAAUAAACGCUGCCAAAGCUUUAUUACCAAUGGUUUAGUUAGGUUCCGAGUUUUGUCAUUAGUGUUUCUUUUCGGAACAGAACAAGUGACUGGAUUGGUGUAUGUUCUUGUAUAGAAACACCUAUGUGCUCCUGGAGUUUAAGCGGAACUUGGAGUUGCUCAUGGAACUUCAUGCCAGUCGGUUACAUCUGUAGAAGACUGGGGCGGUUUGGAUAAACUGCAUUUUACCUUUCUAUGCAUAAACGCCUCUGGUUGGGUAACCAUUGGGUACAUUUAUUGUAGAGGGUGUUUUUUUUUUUGUUUUUUUUUUACAGCCAUAAUCUUUGCUAAAGAGUUAUAAUUUACAGUAGUUGUGUAAAUAUGAAAUUAUUUGAAAAACAUAUUCCUUUGACUGUUUUGGGGGGAAAAUACUAAAGGAAUUAAAACUUUGGAGAUUUAAAUGCAAAUGCUACAUUUACACUUGUUUUGUUUUCAGACACAUGGUGUAAUCAUGCUUUCAGUGUGUGAAGAUUUAGUGCCUUGUGCAUUUUGAGUGCACAUCCUACACAUUUUAGUGACUUAAUCAGACCAGUACCAAAUGUUGCUGGUCCUUGAGGCUUCUAGCUGGAGUAGUUCAACUGCCACAUUCAUAUCUAAGGGACUGCAGCUGUAUAGUUUACUUAUCUGUUUCAGCCACUUGGGAAAUUGUCAUUAUGUUGAUGAUCAUCACUGUAAUUGGAUGAAAAGUGCAUGGAAGUUAAAUACACAUUUUUAGUGUAUCACUGUCCUGAAGAAUCCAGUUUGAGAACUUUUAUGUAGCACAUGGGUUACUGGUUUGCCCUUUGAUAUAAAAUGCCAUUUUUUAUCAAGCAUGGUUUGGCCUGUGUGGGAUCCCCUUCCUGCUGAAGUUCUGUAAUAUAUGCAAAAUUGUAAGUUAUUAUAGUCUGACGUUUUAAGAAGUUUAGCUUGCAAUAAACUAUGUCAAUAUUUUAAAA